AUGGAAGAGCAGAUUGGCCUAUUAAACGACUCUAAAUACGAUGACACAAAUGACGAUGAUUUCUCAGAAGAAGAGCAAGAGCAAGGCUGGAGUAAAAAAAUCAGAAAUACGCAACAUGACACACGGCGGCGGCAUUGGAUCAAGAUCGUUUUUGUUCUUAUCCUCCUAAUAUGCAUACUCCUUGUCCUCACACAUAAAGUUCUAAUAAGUAAAUCCUCGGCUCAGACAUCACCCACAGCCCCCAACACAACAAGUCUUCGGCCAGAAGAAGAUUACAUCCUCUCCCCAACAUGGGACUUCAACGCGCCACCCACAAUACGCGAACACACAUGGAUAAUCUCAGACCAUACGCUCAACCCGGACGGCGUCUACCGCUCCAUGACACUCAUCAACGCUACUUUCCCUGGGCCCUUGAUUGAAUGCAAUGAAGGGGACGAAAUCGUUGUGCACAUCCAUAAUCACGCCAGCAACGCAACAUCCAUACACUGGCAUGGCCUAUAUCAAAACGGGACAAACUGGAUGGACGGCACAGUAGGCGUGACACAAUGUCCUAUUGCGCCUGGUCAUUCAUUUACGUAUCGAUUCCGCGUCUCGGGGCAAUCGGGGACGUAUUGGUAUCACUCGCAUGCUAGUAUGCAAGCGUCAGAUGGGCUGGUUGGACCGCUGAUAAUCCACGGGCGAAACGGGGGAGAGGCUUUACAAAAGAUGGAGUAUGCCCAGGAUCGCGUGGUCAUGCUUUCAGAUCAUUAUUACGACAGUUCUUCGGUCUUGCUGCAGCGAUAUCUGGCACCUGGAAGCGAAAAUGACGAGCCGGUUCCGCAGGCUGCGCUUAUCAAUGGGCGCGGAAUGCGUAGAUGUGAUGACUUGCCGGGCAGGGAAUGCGAUGCUACAGGCCGGCAUAAUGCGAUGUUUAAUGUUUCCCCAGAUACCAAGACGAGACUUCGCGUUAUCAACAUUAGUGCAUUUGCAGAAUUCGCGCUGCAGAUUGAUGAACACGAGGUGUUUGUUACAGAAGUCGAUGGCACGGAUGUGGUACCCAUGAGUUUUCAUCGGUUGAACAUUAGUCCUGCACAGCGAUAUAGCAUCAUUCUCACUCCGCCGAAGCAAGAGCAGGGAAAUAAGGGAUCAUAUUGGAUCAGAGCGAGAAUGAUAACGCACUGCUUUGCAUACGAAGAACCCGAGUUACAAGAGGAAGCCCGAGCCGUACUAUCUUAUUCUUCUCCCCUCAGCAUAGGCUACGACCAAACUCCAGCACCAGAAAGCAAAGACUGGCCUGAAAUCAUCGACGUCGAAUGCCGCGACUUAAACACCUCCCUCCUCGUCCCCACUAUCCCCAUCGCAGCACCCCCCAUAGACCCAGACCACACUCUGUCCCUCCGCUCCUCAUUCCAAACCCGCGAAUGGCGCCUCACCCGGGGCUACCUAAAUGACAGUUCCUUCCACAUAAACAGCACUGCGCCGCUUCUUCAAACCCUGCUUCCCUCGUACUCCUCCUCUACCACUAACAGCACAGAAACACUCCAUGAUGGCUUUUCACCCUUAAUAUCACAAGAGAAGCAACUAAGCUAUCAAACCACCUCUCUCACAUCAACAAUCACCAUCCUAAUCCAAAACUUCGACGACGGAGCCCACCCUUUCCACCUGCAUGGCUACAAAUUCUUCAUACUAGCUCAAGGACACGGGUACCCUCCUUUGCCCCUCCACGAGCAAAAUUUCGACAUGACGAAUCCGCUAAGAAGGGACACGGCGACCGUAGAGGCGUACGGGUGGUUGCUUAUUAGUUUCGUGGCGAAUAACCCGGGCGUGUGGGCGUUUCAUUGUCAUAUUGGGUGGCAUACUGAGGCGGGGCUUAUGAUGGUUUUUGCGACGGGAGUGGAGGGGAUGAAGGAUUGGAAAGUGCCAAGGGAAGUGGAUGAACUUUGUGGGAUUGAGGGGGUGGAGAAGGGGAUGGCGCCUGGGGAUGAAGUAUGGGAGGGUUGGAGGGGGAUGAGGAUGACGAAGAGUAGAGUUUCUUGA